UUUCCUUUCCACACAGCCGUAUUCAGUGCCAGACUUGACAGAAUGAUUGCAAAGAAAUGUUGGUUUAUUUGUGUGGUGGUCGUCUUUAGUUCGUUAGUAUAUGUAGUUACCGCGGCUUCUGAUGAGGCUAAAAAUGAGAAACGGAACAGAGGAAAAAGCAAAAUGAUUGAUAAGACUCAAACGGGAACUCUUUCGAACGUGAUCGCUGCCAUCCAGAACAUGCCCACGAUGGACCUCGGCAAGAAGUUCAGGACGCCUUGCAAGACCGGCAACAGAUGUGGAAAGGUAAUAAAGAGACUGAUGGUGUCCAAACUGGCACAACUGGAGAACACGAUAAUGGGCAUAAUGAAAGAGCUCGCGAAACUUCCGCCGGGCUCACGUCUCCCGGACAAGUUCACCAAGACAGAGCCUGCCAAGCUGCUCCUCGACCAGAACUAUAAAGAAGACGUCUGCAUGGACAAGCUAGAGUCGUGUCUGAAGGAAGACAAGCGGAGGAAGAGGAUCCUUAAGAAGCUCUUCUUCAAGAAGUAUAACUCCCUUCGUCAAGAGCUGAUCGGAUAUGGAGGACGCCGGCUAUGGGGUGGUGAAGGGAACUUAUUCUAUAAGUGAUUUUCAGUCUUUAUGUAGUUUUAAUUAAUAUAUUUUUAGUUUAACAA